AUGACUCAGCGGUCAUCAUCGUAUAUGCGGUUGCACAUCAUACGCAACACGGAGCUUGACGUGCCCGCGCUUGUCAGGUUGGAAGUUUUUAAGUGCGCGCGCAGGGAUCAGCUGGCACAACCGUUAGGUGUCCGUCUCUCACUGAGGACUAAACAGACAGUCAGUGUCCUAAUAUCGACCAGACACUAUAAAAGAGAGAACGUGCCGUUAAUUCUUACUUGUUGGAUGUGGAAAAUGAAGAGCAGUUGGAUCUUUCUGUGCGCAGUUUGCAUCUGGUCUCCAGUUUACGGGACAGUUCAAUCCUCCAGCGCUUGUUCGUGUCAUGGUAAAGCACGGUACUGCAGAGCAGAUCGUCUAGGACUCUACUGUAUAAACUGCCAGGGAAACACCGAAGGGCGGCACUGUGAAAAAUGCAAGGAAGGAUACUUCCACCAGAGGGCAGGAGACAACUGUGUGCCUUGCAACUGCAACACUGCAGGUUCUCAAGGACCAGUCUGCAACAAUGAGGGACGGUGUAUUUGUAAACAGGGAAUUCAUGGAGACAAGUGUGACCGCUGUCAAGAUGGCUCUCAAGUGACUCCCAAUGGAUGUGAGCAUUUGAGGCUAAGCUGUCGGUCACGCAAAAAUGGCCGUCUUACAUAUAAUACAGAGGAGUGUCUGCCCUGCUUUUGCAAUGGCCAUUCAAGUGUGUGCUCCUCAGCUGAGGGAUAUUCCAUUCACAACAUCACUUCAACUUUUGACAAUGGACCUGAGGGCUGGCGGGCAGCCACUGCUCAAGGUGUGAGCCCCUCACAAGUGCAGUUCAGGUGGUCUCCCACUCACAAAGACCUUGAGGUUAUCUCUAAGGAGAUCCUUCCUGUUUAUCUUUUUGCUCCAGCAUCUUACCUGGGGAAUCAGGCAUUGAGCUACGGUCAGACGCUCACCUUCUCUCUGCGUCUGGACAGAGGUGUCCGUCGUCCUUCCAUCUCUGAUGUCAUGCUGGAAGGAGCAGGUCUUAGGGUGUCUGCUUCACUAGGGGACUUGAGAACAGUGGUGCCCUGUGGCAAGAAAAUCACCUAUACAUUCACACUGGACGAACAGCCUGGCAGCAAAUGGAAACCGCAGCUCUCAUCCACAGAAUUUCAAACACUUCUGAGCAAUCUUACAGCCAUUAAAAUCAGAGGAACUUUUGGUGAAAAUGGACGUGGUUAUCUGGAUGACGUCUCGCUGGUGUCAGCUAAACCGGGUCCCGGUACCCCUGCAGUCUGGGUAGAAAAGUGCAGAUGCCCUACUGGUUAUGAUGGACAGUUUUGCGAGCGCUGUGCCACUGGAUACAGGAGGCGUUUCCCUGGUCAAGGCCCUCGAAGCCCCUGUGAUCCCUGCUCAUGUCAGGGUGGAACAUGUGAUCCAGAAACAGGAGGCUGUUACUCGGCUGAUGAGAUACCAAAUCUGCAGAUGUGCCCUAAAGGUUAUUAUAUAAACCGCAAACAGCCCAACUCCUGCCAGAAGUGUCCUUGUCCCGAGGGAGAGGCUUGCUAUGUUAUUCCAGGAACCCAGGAUGUGAUGUGUGCCCGCUGUCCCCGCGGGACUACAGGCUCUCGUUGUGAAAUAUGUGAUGACGGUUUCUAUGGAGACCCCCUGGGAGAGUACGGCCCUCCCAAACAGUGCCAGCCCUGCCAGUGUUACGGUCACGUGGACCAGAACGCCGUCGGCAAUUGUGACCGCCAAACAGGGGAGUGUCGGAAGUGCCUGAAUCACAGCACCGGCCCCCAGUGUGAGAACUGUGAAGAUGGAUACCACCACAUUUACCCCACAGACCCCUGUCAGGCCUGUAACUGCAAUCGUCUGGGCUCUGUGUCAAAUUCAUGCAGUGAUAAAGGCCAGUGCAAGUGUAAGGAAGGUUACGAUGGACUCAAGUGUGAGAAAUCAACGUGUCCAUCCUGCUUUAACCCAGUCAAGAGCAAGAUUGAGGUUUAUGCACGACAGCUGGAGGAAAUGGAGGAUUUAUUUAAAGGAAUUGGAGGUGAUGAUGCUCCAAUCAACGAUGCUCAGACGGAAAAGGCUAUCAGGGCCGCAGAAGUCAUGGUGCAAACCCUGAAAGUCAGAGCAAAUGAACUCACAAGUACAGAGAGACAGCUUCAGGAUAAACUGGUGAGCAUCAGCCGAUCCCAGCUGAGAGAGGACAGAAACAUGGAGGCUUUGUUGACAACAGUGGAUGGGAUCAGAAACAAGGAUCAGCAGUACAGAACGGAAGUUUCAGAAAUCCGUAAACUCAUCAAUGACAUCAGGUUAAAGCUACAACAGGCCAAACGAGACAUCCAACAGGCUGAGUUUCCCUCAGGUGAUGCGGUGCCAGGUGCUGACACCUUGUCUGAUUUGGUUCUGAGAGCUGCUGAUCUUGCUGAGCAGCAUCAAGGUGAGGCAGUGACGGUGGAGACCAUUGCAGCCAAUUCUCUAGCAGAAUCUGAGAAAGCCCUAGAGCUCAUCCGUGGCGCCAUCAACCGAGAAAAUACGGUCAAAGACAAGGUCAAGGACCUCAAAAGACAGUAUGAAGCAGAUGUAACCAAAGUGCUUGACAUGGACAGGAAGGCCAUUCAACUAACUGAUGCAGCUAGACAGGAGAGCGGAGUAGCUCAGAACACUCUGAAACAGUUAUCUGACCUGGAGAAGACACUUCCAAAGCCUCUGACGAAGGACAUUGCUGGUGUGGUUUCCAUGUUUGACAGUCUGAAGGAUGUGGUGGAGGGGAAUUUAUCACAAUACCAGGACUUUCAACAGUAUAUGCUCAAUGAGCAGAAAGAGACAGAUGAUCUGUUAAAAAAGGCCAAGGCUUUCCAACAGGUUCAAGACAGUCUUCUUGCCAGGGCAAACGCAGCUGAAGCAAUCAAAAAUACAUCUCUGGAAAUCUUUGCCAACAACAAAGAUAGUCUGGAUAAGACACUAGAGACGCUCAAAGGGUUUGAUGACCAGAUUGGUGCUAAUAAGGAUCUCGCCGAUGCUGCCAUUGCAAAACUGCCUGCUAUCAAUGCCACCAUCCAGAAGGCCAUAGCUGACAACACUAAGACUCAGGACAUUUUGGAUGCAGUGUCUGUGCCCUACAGAGAUGCUCAGGACACUAUUGACACUCUCACAAACACUGCAACCAAUCUGAAGGGAAUCUCCGAUUCUCUUCCGCCUUCUUCUGAUAUUUUGGAAGCUGCCACUAAACUGAAAAAGGACGUGGAUGGACUGAAUAUAGAUGCAUCUGUAACUAGGGACAGACUGAAUGAAGAGAAAAACAAGGCGAAAGCACAGAUAACUGAAGCGAAGGAUGCUCUCAUAGAGUCCAAUGGGGCGCUUGAAAAUGCAAAGAAUGCCAGGGAUGCUGUUAGUGAUACUUUAAAGACGAUCACUGAUAUCAUGAGCUCACUGGGAACUCCUGGGACAGUCGACAACAAACGAGUGGCCGACCUAGAGAACGCCAUCGCUAAAAGCCGCAGCCGCGUGGACAAGGAGCUGAGGCCCAGACUCAGGGAGCUGGAGGAGAAGGAAACCCAGCAGAGAGCCACCAUUGCAGGCAUGAUCAAUGACAUCGACACCAUCCUGGCUGACAUUGCCAACUUAGAGGAGAUCCGUAAAAACAUUCCUAAUGGCUGUUACAACAUACCACCUAUUGAAAGGCCAUAAAGGCUUUGGGUUACUGCAGGGCCAAAUCACAAUGUUGCAUAGUUUAACCCUUGUGCGUCAGUUUAAAAAAGAUACUCCGAGAUCCUUAGAGAACAAAAACGUCCAUGUCGAAUUUGAAGCUUGGGAGACUUAAGUUUGGUCUCAUUUUAAAGAAAACCCUUUGCAGAUUGUUGUUGAAGUAAAGGUUUAAGUUUUUGAAAGUGAUUAUUUUAUAUAAAAUAUAUAUUUUAUGAAACAUGUUGAACUGAACUGAAGUUGUGCUCCAAAUUUGAGGUUGAUAUCUCAAAAAUUUAGCUUUCAGUAAGAUUUUGUUUGGGUGCAGUACCAAAUUUUCCCCAUUAGAUGCCAGCAAAACUCCACUGGUACACACAGUGGUUGGAUUUGUGAUUUGCAGUACAGUAGAGUUUUUCUCUCUCAAAUAUUACAUGCACAAUUUUUUAUUAUACACAUGCAAACCACACUCUGACAGCCAUACCAACACCCACACAAUUACAGCUGCAUAAUUUAUCCAAUUGGCUCUAUAAUAUGGAUAAGCAGAAAAUAGGAAAAAAGUGAGCAUUUGCUUUAUAGGCCAAACUUGAGAAAAUGUCAGUCUAGUAAAAAAAAAAAAGUGAAGCCAACAGAAUGAAAGCCUGUUAACAAAGACUGCAUCAUUUUAUAGUUAAAUAACCCUGGGAUUAAAAAUUGCAGCUUCAAUUUUUGUCCUUAAAGUCCUGAGAUGAACAAUUUUAUGCACCUAGUGUUAAAUAGAUUGUAAAAUAAAUGGGGGUGAAAUGGUACAAUUUCAGUACAAAUACACACUGCCAAAAUUGAUGCAGUUGGCAUUAACACUGACAAAAUGAUCAAAAAAAAAACCAAAAAUGUCCAUAAGGAUGCACAAGGGUUAAUCUAUGAACUUACUGAGGCUACUUUUCAACUAAAGAGUGUUUAUUGUCAUUUCAUGAUUUUGUACUGUAUGAGAGAUUUUGUUUUUAGUAUUUAUUUUUUAUUUACUAUAUAUAUAUUUUAAUUUUGAAAAUUCUUACUGUGAAGUUUGAAAUGACGUAAAUGAUACUUCUGUUUAGCUUGAUUGCCAAAGAGAUUUCCAUUUGGGUAAUUAAUAGAUAAAUAUAUACCUUCUAUGAAACUAAUUGUUCUUGAGAAGAAGUAACAUCCAGUUGCUUCUCCAUCUGUUUCAGCAUCUAGUGAAAAACAUGAAAGAAAUGCACAAAAUAACAAGUUUCAUUGUUUUCUGUUUUGUUUUAUUAAAUUCAGUAUUGUCAUCAAGGACACGA